CUGCUCCGAGCCGAUAAAACCACUGCUCCCCGCCGCCGAGCAUCAGAGUCGAGCGAGUCGUGUUUUGAGUCGGUCGCAGGGCUGGUGUGUGCGUCGUCGACGUAUAACGUGCGUCGUCGGAAAUUUGGAAAAAACUGUCGUGGGGACCUGAGACAUGCCGUCGGUGCUAGUGUUGCUCGUGUGCCUUUCGGUAGUGACUGCUCGUGCGGCCGUCGUACCGCAGCGGCCAGAGCCGGAGGCCCAAGACGGCCAUGGGGCGGAGGUCAGUUCGCCGCUUCGAGUGGCCCAAUGCAGAGCGACUUGCCUACUGAAGUUCGCCAACGGCAAGGAGGAUACGUGCCUGCAAGACCCCGAUUGUUACAUAUGCUGGAAGAACUGCGAGCUCCUGCAAACUAAUUACCCCAUCUGGGGCUCCAUGUGCCAUGACAAGAGAAUCUGCUACCCUGGGUGUCAGGAGGCGUGUCGCUUCCACCACGAGACGUCGCUCCAGGGCCACCAGCAGGCCGAGCCGGUCAUCCAGACUAAGGGCGAGGAGGUCCUGACCCUGAACACCCUGCCCCUGGGCGCUGGGGUGAUCACCUGGCCACCUGCGGUCAAUCCGAACGUCGUCUACGUCCUCAUGGCCAGACCGGCCGGAUCUUCAACCUGGCGACAAAUUUCACAGAGCACGGAGAGCGAGGCGCGCAUCGAGGCCGGCAAUCCGGUGCUCGGCGUUGGCACCACCAUCAGGGUGCUCGUCGUCGACCCCGAGGGGCUGGUCACCAUUCUCAGUCCGACGCACCAACCCACGCCGUCCGUCAUUCUGUCCACGCUGGCGCCCGAAAUCGUCCAACAACAGGCCCUUUUACAAACUAUCAAAUCAAAGGUGGACGACGAAUCAAACGAGGAGCAGGAGCCGUGGCGGUUGGAGGAAGUGUCCCUUUUGCACCAGCGAGUGCUGGUCAUCGCCGAAGUGUCGUGGGCGCCGCGUGCCCGUCGCGGCGUCUACCUGGUCACCUGGGAGUUGGACGGCGGCGGCCUCAAGGGCAACCUGUUCACCGACUCGACCUGCGUCACCCUCUCCCUUUGGCCGGACACCGUCUACCACAUUCAGGUGGAACUUGUGUCCCGUUUGGGUGAAAAGCGACAUCCGGCGGCGCCGCGCGUCGAACGGAGCGAGGUCCUGCUGAUCGACACGCGGAAGGCGCCGCAGGUGGAGGCCGGCCGGUCGGCGCCGUCGGCGGAGCCGUGGGAGGAGGUGGCGUCGCGCAGGAGUCGGAGGCAGCUGACUGAAGAAUUGCUCGCUGGUACGGGCGCUGCCAUGUUGCUGUUCCUGCUACUGGCCAUGGCGUGGCGGUGUCACCUAGCCAGAAGCCAAGCCAUUUCCAAAAGACGUUUGCUGCUGGCGGAUGAUUCGAUAUCUGCCGCCGGCAGAUCGAGUCCAAUCGUUAGUGUGAUGACGCCAAAAGACUGCUGUGACGAGCUCGCCGCGGGGCCCACCUCGGACGACCUAUUCCUGAGCUUCCCUUCGAUCAAAGUGUAAUUAUUAGUCAUCUCUCAGCCGAUCGAAUCAUGCAAAAGUGACUGAUUGAAUCGAUUAAGUUAAACAAACUCCGCAUACCAAAUGAGAGGAGAUGCAAGUUGUGGAUGCAAGUUAAGUGAAUGUGGUUUUUUCCUGAUAAUAUCGGCGAACGAUGUGAGAAUUAGUUUUGAUUGAGGAGUGACACGAUCUGAGUAAGUUUCAAAAGACUGUGUAUAUAAUAGGUGAAUAUAUAUAAUAAUUAAUUAAAUCGUAAAUUUAAAAUCUCAACAAUCCGAGUAAAAAGCAAGUCAGUCAUUCCGUGUUAAACCUUAGAAGGGCAGCAUGUUUAAUUAAAGCUCGCUAUAAAAAGGAGAUGUAAUUUUGCCUUUUGCAUAAACUACUGGAACCGUUUUGUAAAUGGAAGCCAAAUUUGUAUACUUAUAUAUUAUAAAACGUAAAACAGCAUUCUCUAUAUUUAUCCGCGUGAAAAGUUAACUGAAAGAGGAUUUCAAUUUCUGCCUGUUGACAUCAAAAAUAAAUCUCUCAAUGUGGACGGUUGGAAAUAAUUCUGCGUGUUUUCCGUGUGUCAGCCAUCGAAUGCGCGUCACGUUUCGAAAUGAUUUUGCUAAUUAAUCGGCGCUCGAAAAUUCGUGGCGCUUUUGAUUGAUCACGCGUCAAUGUAGAUUUGACGCUUUUGCAUUUGAUAUUUGCGCGUCCAUUAUAAAAAAAUUCAAGUUCAUCCUGCAUGACACACGUGUGAAAAGGCUCUUUGAAAAUCCGUGCCAAUUUUUGCUACGAAUUACUGUACUCUGUGAAUAAAUUUAAAAAAGCUUUUGAUGUCGGAAUUUCCCAGAAUCAGGCACCACUCGCAUUUCGCAUUCCGCACGCAUACUUGUAUUGUAUUGAAUUAGUUUUCAAGUCAUUGGUUUCCACGCAUUCGCGAUAAAGGCAAAAAUUAAUACUGAAUUAAAAGUUAAAAUCCAUCUGUGUAGGAUAUAGCAUAUGUAAAUUUUUGAGUUUGUGCGCUGAAAUUUUUUGUACAGGUCUGCAUUUGAUUAUUACUUUUUCUUUCAAAAAGUACCGCACUUAAUAAAUUAUUUUUGUAAAUUUGAAAAACAAAUGCAAUAAGAUUGAUGUCAAGGAAAAGCUAUUAAAAACGGCUACUACAUACCAUCAAUAAAUGUCAUAAUGAA